CCGUGUUGGUGUCAGCUGAGGUAGUGUAAACAAACAAGACCGAGGGUACGGAGGUGCUUAGGAAAUCAUCUAAUGUCACGCAUUAUGACAGAUUUGGAACUUAAGAACAGAGGCAAUAAGCUCUUCUCUGUCAGGAAGUUUGAUGAAGCGAUAAAGUGCUACACAGAUGCCAUAGCCAAGAAACCAUCCGUGGCCGUUUAUUACACCAACCGUGCCUUGUGCAAUCUCAAACUGAAGAGAUGGGAGCUAGUUUGUCAGGACUGCCGCACAGCACUCGAGAUAGACCCAACUCUGGUCAAGGCUCAGUUUUUCCUGGGCCAGGCACUGCUGGAGAUGGACAACUUUGAUGAGAGUAUAAAACAUUUAACAAGAGCACAUGACCUGGCCAAAGAGCAGAAGGUGAACUAUGGGGAUGAUGUGGCCUGCAUGAUCAGAGUGGCACGGAAGCGCAGGUUCAAUGUUGCAGAGGAGAAAAGAAUCUCACAAGAAAUAGAGCUGCAGACUUACCUUAACAGACUAAUUUUGGAAGACCGAGACAGACAGAUUGACGAAGUGCGGAGGAAAUACGAGAAUGAUGAAGACAGGUCACAGGAAGAAGUGAUGAGGAUAGAACAAGAAACAGACAACUACAUCACAGAAGUCAAUACCAUGUUUGCUCGUCUGGAUGAGAGAAGAAGAAAGCGGGAAGUUCCGGAUUAUUUGUGUGGCAAGAUCAGCUUUGAGAUUCUGCGACAGCCAGUGGUGACCCCCAGCGGCAUCACCUACGACCGCAAAGACAUUGAGGAACACCUACAGCGUGUGGGUCACUUCGAUCCCAUCACCCGAACAGACCUGACAGUGGAUCAGCUGAUGCCCAACUUGGCCAUGAAGGAAGUGGUUGAUGCCUUCUUGUCAGAGAAUGAGUGGGCCCUUGAUUACUAGCCUGGUAUUGCUGGUACCACUGCCACCACCACCACCACCACCACUGUUAUCAUCCAAAUCAUUCAUAUUGGUACUUAGCAUGUCUGACACACACACACACAAACAUACACAAACAUACACACACACACACACACACACACACACACACACACACACACACACACACACACUGACACCAUUUUUUUUGUAUAUAUUUAUAUAUUUGGCUGAUUAUGUUGUUUAUCAAAUAGUGAAGAUGGUAUGAUAAAGAAUGUAUCACUUAUUUUGUGCA